GCAUUGAGAUCUCUUCAUCCACGUCUGAUCUAUCCUCUUCACUCUCUCUCUGUAUCAUCUCUCCAAGUCUGACUCUCGAAUCGGCCUAAUGUCCCAACCACAACUUCCUCGUAAACACUCCACGGGUGUGGCAUCCGAGACCGCGACGGUGGUAGAUCUGCAAGCGGUGAACGAUGGCAAGUCCAAAGCGGCCAGUACUUUCAGCACCAGUCCAAAUCAAUCACCACAAACCCAACAUAGCGACACGAUGCCUCCCUCGACAUUUCCCGAGCUGAGAUUAACAGUCAGCGGGUCUCUUGCACCCAUGGCCAACCUAGUCAAGACGCGUACAGGUGGUGGUGCUGAGCCUGUGCUACCUCCAGCUUCUGAAGUCAAGUUGAGUCAACGACACAAGUGGUCUCUUCUCGGCGUGUUCUCCUUAUCGCUCUUCAUCGACAUCUGGUCUUACAGCGCGUUUUUCAUCUUCACCGACCCGAUAUCCGUGGACCUGGACGUCAAGUUUGAAGAACAGUCUUGGGUGAUCACCGCUUAUGCCGUCACAUUCGCCGCCUUCUUACUCUUCUGGGGUCGAGUCUCAGAUCUCUACUCAGCCAAGCCGGUAUUCGCUUAUGGCUUCAUCGCCCUUGGGGUCUUGGAUCUGAUCAUCUCUUUCCUGCCUGACCGAUACUCCUUCUUCGUGCUCCGGGCGCUCAGCGGUGUGGCGGGAUCAUGCUUGAUUCCUGCCUCUUAUCGAUUGAUCGUGGCUGUCUUUGAACCCCAUGAGUUGGGCAAAGCAUUCACUCUCUUCGGUAUGAGCGGUGCCCUGGCCAAUGUCACUGGCAUUCUCGUCGCAGGAUUCAUCGAGUACAUCCCUACUCACGGACAAGGUGCACCCUGGAGGUGGUUCUUCAGGCUUCUCGCUUUCCUGAUCCUACCGUUCGCCGUCGGAUCCCUCUUCUUCAUUCCCAAGCCUACAGGUGCUCAAGCCGAUGCCGGCGAGAAAUGGAAGCGACUCGAUCUCAACGGAUCAUUCAGCAUGCUCUUUGGUAUCGUUCUCCUGAUUCUCGGUCUCACCUUCGGUGCCUCUUACGGGUUCAAAACUGCCAAAUUCCUCGUACCUUUCCUGUUGGCUUGGCCACUGUUCAUCUUCUUCUUCAUCUGGGAAGCAAGACUCCCGAGCGAGUACGCCAUCUUACCCCCGGCCUUCUGGAAGAUCCCAAACGUGGCGGUUCUCAUCGUCUUUGCCCUCUACGUGUACGGUUGGUGGGCUGUCAACUUUUUGGCUCUCGUCGAGACGUACACCAAAGUCGGAGGUGAAAAGGCGAUCAUUGCGGCUGUGAGACUCCUUCCAGAAGGUAUCAUGGCAGGUGUCGUCUCUAUCAUCGGUGCGGUUUACCCUAAAUUGGUCUCUCGUCCACGAUGGCCAAUCACCAUCGGAAUGGUGUUGGCACUCGUUGGUUAUGCCCUCUUCGCCCAGGGUGCUACUGGUACAGACUACUGGCGAUACAUCUUCCCAGGUGGUCUCCUGGGAUCAGCAGGCAUGAUGGUCGUAUUCAACGGUGUCAACGUCGGCGUCAUCACCGCUGUACCGGCUGAAACGUCUGGUGUCGCCGGGGCUAUGCUACAGGUCGCCUUUCAAGUCGGAAGCGCCGUCAGUCUCUCAGUCCAAUCUGGUCUCUUCACCAUCAAUCCUGGCUCCAUCGCCAAUUACAAAAACGUUCAAGCCAGCUUUUACUGGCAAAUCGGCUUUGGAUUCCUAUGGCUCGUCAUGUUCCUCGUCUUCUAUCGACCAUCAAAGAAUGUCACGUCCUCGGAUCAAGAUGGUGCUGAACAAGGUGGCAGCGAAAGAAAAGUCGUCGCCGCCCACUAGAGUAGAGUCAUCGCACCUACGUUUCUAGAGCGAAAAGGGCCAUCUUAAGUUCGCCUUGCAUCGAAACGACCUCACUUUUCAUGAUCCCUGUACGGCGAACUAAUAGAAUUGUUAAUAGAUAAAUCACUGUAGCUUUGUACAUAAUCGCAUGCACCCAUCACUAUGUAUCAACGAUCAUGAU